AUGACCGCUGAGACUGAGACCUUUUCAUUUCAAGCCGAGAUUUCCCAGUUGAUGAGCUUGAUCAUCAACACCUUUUAUUCCAACAAGGAAAUCUUUUUACGAGAGCUCAUUUCCAAUGCAUCCGAUGCCCUCGACAAAAUCCGAUACCAAUCCUUGACCGAUUCUUCUGCCUUGGAAGCUGAAAAGGACUUGUUCAUUCGCAUCAUUCCCGAUAAGGAGCACAACAUCCUCUCCAUCCGUGAUUCUGGUAUUGGUAUGACCAAGGCUGAUCUCGUCAACAAUUUGGGUACUAUCGCCAAAUCAGGAACCAAGGCUUUCAUGGAAGCGUUGUCUUCGGGUGCUGAUGUCUCCAUGAUUGGUCAAUUUGGUGUUGGUUUCUAUGCUGCAUACCUCGUUGCCGACAAGGUGCAAGUCAUCACCAAGCACAAUGACGAUGAGCAAUACAUUUGGGAAUCUGCUGCUGGUGGUUCGUUCACUAUCACACGUGAUGAAGUUAAUGCACCUCUUGGCCGUGGAUCGGAGAUUCGACUCUUCUUGAAAGAGGACCAGCUUGAAUACCUUGAGGAGCGCAAGAUCAAGGACAUUGUCAAGAAGCAUUCUGAAUUCAUCUCUUAUCCCAUUCAAUUGGUUGUCGAGAAGGAGGUCGAGAAGGAAGUCUCUGACGAUGAAGCCGAGGAGAUCAAGGAAGAUGAGGAGAAGCCCAAGAUUGAGGAAGUUGAGGAUGAAGACGACAAGAAGGAGAAGAAAAAGAAGACCAUCAAGGAGAAGACCACUGAUACUGAAGAGCUCAACAAGACCAAGCCUCUUUGGACUCGCAACCCUGAUGAUAUCAAGAAUGAAGAAUACGCUCAAUUCUACAAGGCUCUUACCAACGAUUGGGAGGAUCAUUUGGCUGUCAAGCAUUUCUCUGUCGAAGGUCAACUCGAGUUCCGUGCCAUCCUCUUUGUUCCCAAGCGUGCACCAUUUGACAUGUUCGAGACGAAGAAGAAGCGCAACAACAUCAAGCUCUAUGUGCGACGCGUAUUUAUCAUGGAUGAUUGCGAGGAUCUCAUUCCCGAAUGGCUCAACUUUGUCAAGGGUGUCGUCGACUCUGAAGACUUGCCACUCAAUAUCUCACGUGAGAUGCUGCAGCAAAACAAGAUCUUGAAGGUCAUCCGCAAGAACCUCGUGAAGAAGUGCUUGGAAAUGUUCGCUGAGAUUGCCGAGGACAAGGAGAACUUUGACAAGUUUUAUGAAGCAUUUUCCAAGAAUCUCAAGCUUGGCAUCCAUGAAGAUAGUCAAAACCGUGGCAAGUUGGCUGAUCUCCUUCGUUACUACUCCACAAAGUCUGGUGAUGAAAUGACCUCGCUCAAGGAUUAUGUUACUCGUAUGCCUGAGAAGCAAAAGAACAUUUACUACAUCACCGGUGAAUCUCGUGCUGCCAUUGAAAACUCGCCUUUCUUGGAAGGUUUCAAGAAGAAGGGCAUUGAAGUCUUGCUCAUGACCGAUCCUAUUGAUGAAUACUCCACCACUCAGCUCAAGGAAUAUGAAGACAAGAAGCUCGUGUGCAUUACCAAGGAAGGUGUCGAGAUCGAAGAAGAUGAGGAAGAGAAGAAGGCUCGUGAGGAAGAAGAGAAGAAGUUUGAGGAUCUUUGCAAGUCUGUCAAGGAAAUCCUUGGUGACAAGGUUGAGAAGGUCGUUGUUUCCAACAAGCUUACCGAUUCGCCUUGCGUUCUCACUACCGGUCAAUUUGGUUGGUCUGCCAACAUGGAGCGUAUCAUGAAGGCUCAAGCUCUCCGUGACAACAGCAUGUCCGCUUACAUGGCUUCCAAGAAGACCUUUGAGCUCAACCCCAAGCAUGCCAUCAUCAAGACUCUCAAGGACAAGGUUGCAGCUGAUGCCAGCGAUCGCACUGUUAAAGACUUGACCACCCUUCUCUUUGAGACUGCCCUAUUGACAUCUGGUUUCUCCCUUGAUGAGCCUGCCACUUUUGCCUCUCGUAUCCAUCGUAUGGUUGCUCUUGGUCUUUCUAUUGAUGAGGACGAGGUCUUGGAAGAUGCUCCUGCUGCCAAUGAUGCUCAAGUCGAGGAGGUUGUCGAAACAUCCAAGAUGGAAGAAGUUGAUUAA